GAAGUCGUCACUGUAACCCGGAUGUACACAAAAACACGUGUCAGUGCUUUGCGCGUGUGAGAGAGUGAGUGAGACCAGCGUUUGCAAUCAUGUUUGCUGAAGAGGAAUGGACUGAUUCUCCAUCAGCAGAUGGAGCAUCUCACACUGUUAAAGUGUCUCCUGCACCCUGCAAGGAUAAGUCUGUGGCUAAAAAAAGUCUUUUGAGAACCUUGCAAACGUUGGGGUCAGUUCCUAACUGGGAAAUUGAGAAAGUUUUUGAGGAUAGUGACGAGGAGAAAGACGCCUCUCCUGAAGUCCAGACAACGAAAAAGAAAAGGUGCAAAAAGCGUAAAAGAAGGUCUAAUGCUAAUAAUGAAGGGAAGCAGCAAGAUAAAGUAGAUUCACCUGAAACGCCUACGAAGAAGCAGAAGCUAAUGAAGAAGGUCGUGAAAGGAAUAAGUUCUAAGGGGUCACAAGAGUCCAGAAAAGAUAAGAAUGACAUAGGAGUCAGCCCUCUGUUGGAGGAAAAUAAAAGUCAAGCAGAGACAAAGCUAAGCAGAAAGCAGUGGAGGAACAAGAUGAAGAACAAAAGACAUUGUAAGAACAAGUAUCUUACGAAAACGAAAGGUGUCGAUGAUGCCAAUGUAAAGAAGGAACCCUUAGUACAAACACAGGACAUCAGCAAAUCCAAGAAAGUGCAGAAACAAAAGUCCAAAAAACUGACAGGUGUCGAAGAAGCCAAUGAAAAGAAAGAACCCUUAGUACAAACACACGACAUCAGCAAAUCCAAGAAAGUGCAGAAACAAAAUUCCAAAAAAACGAAAAAGUCUUGUGGAAAGAAUGGUACUUCCUCCGCAACAGAUGAUGUUCAAAAUUGCAAAGACUUUAAAACAGAUAAAACUUCCAGAAUAGCAGAUCACUCUCUUAGCAACGGUAACAUCUCACUUGAAGAGGCCGGAAAAGAGAAACCUUCUAAAAUAAUGAAAAAAUCACAAUUACAGGCAAUGAAAUUGGCUCGUAUUUUAAAGUUGAGUCAUACUGAUGAUAGUAAUAAAGCCACAGAAGAACCAGAGAAACCAGAAGAACCAAAAUGCACAAAAGUGAAUUUGAAGAGUGAUGAGGAGCAGAUGGCAACUGACCCUUCAUCUGCUUUAAGGACAAAGAUGUUGAGGCAGUUAGAAGCCGGUCGAUUUCGCUACAUCAAUGAGCUGCUUUACACGUCGACCAGUCGUGAGGCCAACCGCAUGUUUCAGCAGGACCCAGAGGCCAUCGCGGUUUACCACAAGGGCUACACAAGACAAGUUGCCCACUGGCCCACAAACCCUGUGGAUUCGAUCAUUUCCUAUAUUUGUCAAAAGCCACCUUCUUUAGUUGUCGCAGACUUCGGUUGUGGUGACUGUAAAAUUGCACGGAGUGUAAAGAAUAAAGUACACUCUUUUGAUUUGGCUCCGGUUUGUGAUCUUGCCACUGCAUGUGACAUGGCAAACGUCCCGCUCGGUGAUUCUACAGUAGAUAUCGUUGUUUUCUGUCUUUCUCUGAUGGGGACAAAUCUGGGAGAGUUUUUAGCAGAAGCAAACAGAGUCCUGGUGAUGGGGGGUGUUCUUAAAAUUGCUGAAGUGGCUAGCAGAUUUGAAAACAUACGUUCGUUCAUUGGUGCACUGUCAAGGCUGGGCUUCAAGAUAGUCAAUAAGGAUACAGAAAACAGCCACUUCUACUCUUUUGAAUUCACAAAGACAGAUGCAGCAACAGAGGAUGCGAAGAUAGCUGGACUUCAGCUGAAACCUUGCCUGUACAAGAAACGAUAAAUAGGCAUAAAGUAAAUAUUUUGCUUUAUGGUUGGACUGUGUAGUGUGUAUGAAAAGUUUUAUCAGCAAUAAUUCAGUUUAAAACAAGGGGCAAAUAUCCUCUUGACAUUGUAUUUGUAACUUUUGUAAAUCAAUGUAACAGGAACAUCCAUUGUAUAAAAAAAAACUUUAAUUUGAUUUGCGAAAGGCUGUGUGGAAAUUGUUAUAUAUUUGCUUAUAAUUGGAAUAAGCACUUACCUGCAAAACAAACUGACUCGAUACGUAUUUUAAUUGGUCAAGUAUUUUAUUCUCUUUCUAGAAGUAUCACAGUGACAUUAUUUCACCUAAACAUCUCACAACAGAACAUCAGUAACACAUAAGUCCAGUCAUUAUUCAGACAAAGACUAAAUAUAUAAGUAUUAUAUAAGUAAUAAAAAAAAAUCAGACUGGACAGUUGCAGUACUUCACAAAUGUAUAGAUUCCCUCACCAUAUACUACACAGUCACCAGAGGGUGCUACAGCGUUACAGAUUCAGUCAGUUUGUGCACUACAAGUCCAGUUGAAAUUACAACAAGAUAGAAGACAUCAACCAGACGUGUAAAGUAUAUGUCUGUGCAAAUCAGAUCGAAAUAACAAUCUAAAAAGAUCGGAAAACAUUUAUUACAAACGUGCUCACACUGCUACUUAAUUAUAAUGCUGAAAGUAAUACCAAGCUACUUAAAUCUGGGACUUUGCCCUACAAUCGGUAUUGGUAAUUGAGGAAGUCAAUUCCAAUGUAAAUAUACAGUGGUGUCCAAAAGCCUGAGACCCCUAGUGAAAUUUCCAUAUCAAAAAUUUCUCUUUCAUUACCAGUUGUAUUAUUUUAUAUGAAAAUGAAUGAUUGUCUAGGUAUGUUCCCCUUUGUGAAAGCAUGCACCCAAGCUGGCCUGAACUCUAAAA